AUGAAUCUCUCUAGAGAAUUCUUUACACAAAUCGCACGUAUUGAAUCUAAGAAUUCCAUUUCUACAAUUGAUACCCUAAUUGCAAUGUAUUCUAAAUGCGUUGAAUAUUAUGACUAACAUCAAGACCCAAUCAAGUACUAUUUUUUAGAAAAAAUUCAAUAUACUUUAUCUUAAGAUCAUACUAUUGAACAUAUUACUAGAAAUUCCAAUCGAGCAUAAACAACAAGAGUUUCUAUUUCUAAAUUGGAUCCAGAAUAACUCAAUACAUCAAUUAGAUCAAAACAAACAAUCCAUAAAAUUAAUUUUCAAUCUUAACUCAAUCAAGAAACACAAAAUCAACAACUUAACACUUUAAUUGAAUCACAUCAUACAAAUACAAUCCAAAAAGAUGCAAUCAUUAGAGAGAAUAUACAUUAAUAGAAUUUGUAAUUUAGAGAACGAUUAAAGUAGAGACAAUCACAAAGUAUUACGCGGUCAAUGAGUCAAUGUCCUUCUUACGAUACAAUAAUUUAUUAAACAUGA